ACUUCCACGCGGCCGAGCCGGCCCGGGGCCCCGCGCGUCCCUGCGGGCGCCUCCCCGGACCCGGGACCCUCGGGUAUUGGGGAACAAGGUCGAGCCGCCUGGGUCCUCCGGAAGAGAAGAUAGCGCGAAGGCGCGCCUGUGUUACGGGCGCCACCCGGACCUGCCUCUUCCUGACUUUUAGGGGGCGGUAAGAAGACAGGUGUGUGGGGUCGUACGGCUGUAGGUGGGGCGCCGGAGCUCUCUGCGACCUGGGCCUGGGCCAUCUCAGGGGUUUAGUUUCUUCCAACUUUGGCCCUACCUGGCCAGGUCAUCAGGUCAGCUUUGGCACCUUCCUCCUCUGGGUUUCGGCAAACAACCCCCCAGGGACUUAACUCGAGUUGGUCGCGGACACGGUCAGGUCAGACACUUGCCCGUGACAUGUAUAUCACGCACACAUUGACACACGCGUCCCUGUUGGCCUCCGUUGAAGUGAAAACUCCGGGACGCGUUUGCAUCUUCCCGCCGAGCCCGGGAGAAGGGGCGCGAGGGACACGUCCCGAUGCUAUAGCCGCGAUGGGAACCACUAGUCCGGUUUUUCUCUCUCGGCUUCUCUCCGGUGAGUGAGGGGCGUCGGCCUGGAUCGCCGGCUGCGGGACAGCUUCUCUUGCCCAGGUGAGCCUCGAUGGUGUCCUCUAGGGACAGGACCCAACUUUUGAGGUUCUUGGACAGGCCCCCUCCUCCGGACCUCAGCCCCUCGGGCCGGUCGCCCGCCCUCCCCGCGACAGCGCGUCCGGCAGCCUCGGCCUGGGUGGCUGCGCGGCGGAGCUGCGGCUCCGGGAAGCUAAAACUAAUCCUCCGGGAAGAACAGGGCGAAAGGAGAGACGCCCCGGCACGGAGCAGGGCGCCCUGUGCAUCUCAUUCCGGGGAACUGGGGCGGCGCCCGCGAAGAGGGCCCUGAUGCCCGCCGCGGGCGGCACGGGCGCUCCGGCGGGAAGACCCCGGGGCGGAAGAUCGCAGUGUCCUCGGGCACCUGCGCGUCUGCCCUUUGCGCUGAACCGCGCGGGCUCCGCGCCGCCCCCGGGGCGCUGCGAUUGUGGGCGCAGAGGCGAGUUCGCUCUGGGCGUGCGCGGGAGACGCUGAGCUUGCGGAGCGCAGCUCUUGGCCGGGCUUGGUGCUCAGCACCCGGCCAGCGCCUCUACCUCUCUUUCCGACCGGCCGCGGUGCCGCCUUAUUGCCAGUCGCCUACUCCGAGCGGCGGGGGCAGUGGCCGCGCCGUGGGCACUGACCGUGCGAGAGGCGGCGAGAUGAGGCCGGGGGCAGGCGAGCGGGGGCCGCUCCGGGCGCCGCUUCCACUCCAGCGAGCGCGGGGAGCGCGGGGUGUGGCCAGGCCGCGCGCAGAGGCACCCUGGCAGCGAGGUUGAGCGAAAAGUUUGAGGCCGGAGGCCGCGAGGCCACGCGGUCCGCGUUCGCCCAGCGCGCCCGCUGUCGCUCGGGCUCGGGCUCCCUCUGCAGGGAACGGAGGUGGCGCCUCCCAGCAAACCGGGCCGACCGGGUAGGGUCUCCCGCCUUCCCCGCUCUCCGCUUGUGGCUCCCGGGCGGCCCGGGAAACUGGCCCCGCACCACGCGGCCUCCGCGCCCAACGGCCGCUCGGGAGCUCCGAGGGGCGGACCCGGCGACCGGCUGACUCCAGGCGGCGACCGCUCGCUCCAAACUUCGUGUCCUGAGAAGUCCGCUCAAGUUCUAGAGUUUUCAGACAACUGGACUCCCCUGCCCCAGGCAGCCCCCUGUGGGCGAUGCCCAAGCGCGCGGCUUCCCGCGCGUGGCCCAAGGAUCUAGCUGGGUGCCCCCCGCCUCAGGGAGCUUCGUCGGACGCCGCCAGCGCUGUCUCCUUUCCCCAAGAUGGGGCAGCCGCGGGGAAUGACGCUGCUGCCUCGACAGCCCCGGCUCCGGGCGGGGAGGCCGAGCCCCACAGCCGGCACCGGGACUCCCGCCUGCGCAGCACCGAUAAGGAGCUAAAGGCAGGAGCCACCGCAGCGGGCAGCGCCCCGACAUCGCUGGGGACCCCCGGGCAGCGGGUGCCUCAGGUCGAGGUUAUGGAUCCAGCGGGCGGACCCCCGAACAGGCUCCCACGGCCCUGCCGCGUGCUGGUGCUUUUGAACCCGCGCGGGGGCAAGGGCAAAGCCCUGCAGCUCUUCUGGAGCCAUGUGCAGCCCCUGCUGGCCCAGGCCGAAGUCUCCUUCAAACUGACGCUCACUGAGCGGCAAAACCAUGCCCGGGAGCUGGUUCGGGCGGAGGAACUGAGUCGCUGGGACGCACUGGUGGUCAUGUCCGGAGACGGGCUGAUGUACGAGGUGGUGAACGGGUUAAUGGAGCGGCCUGACUGGGAGACUGCCAUCAGGAAGCCCCUGUGUAGCCUCCCAGCUGGCUCUGGCAAUGCGUUGGCAGCUUCUCUGAAUCAUUAUGCCGGCUAUGAGCAGGUGACUGAUAAAGACCUCUUGACCAACUGCACACUGCUCUUGUGCCGCCGGUCGCUGGCGCCUGUGAACUUGCUGUCAUUGCAGAUGGCCUCGGGGCAGCGCCUCUUCUCCAUGCUCAGCCUGGCAUGGGGCUUCAUUGCUGAUGUAGAUCUGGACAGCGAGAAGUUUCGGCGCCUGGGGGAGAUGCGCUUUACUGUGGGUACCCUCCUACGCCUGGCAGCCCUGCGCAUCUAUCAGGGCCAACUAGCCUACCUCCCCAUAGAAAGGGUGGUCUCCAAGAUGCCCAGCUCACCUGCUCUGGACCAGCAAGGCCCUGUGGACACCUACCUCGUGCCCCUGGAGGAGCCAGUGCCCUCUCACUGGACCAUGGUGUCUGAGCAGAACUUUGUGCUGGUGCUGGCUCUGCUGCACUCACACCUGGCUAGUGAGAUGUUUGCUGCGCCCAUGGGCCGCUGUGCUGCUGGCACGAUGCAUCUGUUCUACGUGCGGGCAGGUGUGUCCCGGGCCAUGCUGCUGCGCCUCUUCCUGGCCAUGGAGAAGGGGAGGCACAUGGAGUGUAACUGUCCCUACUUGGUGUAUGAGCCUGUGGCUGCCUUCCGCCUGCAGCCCAAGGAUGGGAAUGGCGUGUUUGCUGUGGACGGGGAGUUGAUGGUCACUGAGGCUGUGCAGGGCCAGGUGCACCCAAACUACAUCUGGAUGGCCAGUGGCUGUGUGGAGUCCCCACCUUCUCAGGAGCCACAGACUCCACCUGGCUGGAAGCCUCAGCAGACGCCACUUCCCAAAGAGCCCUUCUGACUUAUGUGGGCCUUACUGUGCCUUAGUCUGUGUAUUUGGUCUACUCUGAGCUCAGGACCCUCCCUCUUUCCUCCAGGAUUGGAGGACCCUCCUCAGCUCACACUGGGGGGCUGGAGGAGGACUCCAGCAGGAAGGUGGAGGGUGUGCUUUGGAAGGACAAGCUCUCUCCACCAAAGGCCAGGACAAAGCCCUGGGCCAGGGGCCCAGCUGCCUGCAGAAACUACCCUUUUGUUCUGGGAGCCCUACCCCAUGAAUUAAAUCCAAAUAAAGUGAUAUUCCCUGCCUACCA